CCGAAUAUUAUCUAUAUUUUACCCUUGUUUCGACUUUGGCUUGAGUUCGAGAGCCUUCAUAGAAGUGCCGGUGAUUGAGCCAUCGUCCCGUAAUUCCCCUUCGAUUCCAUCUAUUUCCCAAGAGUGAAUUCGAGCGCCUCCUUCGCGAGUGCCGGUGAUUGCAAUUGCGCCAUCUCUAUACAACUCCGAAGCCGGUGCGUGUAUCAUUUUGGUAUCAGAGCUGCUCAAUCCUAUGGCCGAGAUUCCUCGGUGAGAUCGCUCCUUGCUUCUCGCUUCGGUUUUAAUUUCGUUCCUAACUUCUAGUUUCGUUCAGUUUGACAUAUCAUCAGUAUUUGACUGUUUUGGUUGUGCUAAACUUUGAAUUAUUUAUCGAGCCAUAUAUCAAACUCUUCCUCUUUCAAAGACGAAUCCAACCAUAGGUCGCUUUGUCUGAAAUUUCAAUUUUUACACCUCGAAACCAUGCUCGUAAACUGACUGAAGAACAUCCGACGAUUACAUCUCAUUGCAAUCAAACUUAACAACCUAUCUCGUGUCUUGCAGGAGAUCGAUUAGGGUCCUGACUUGGGAAGGCUCUUCGGCGUCCUGAAUCACAGCCUUCCCCCACGGUUGUAUUGUUCCUUUCAUUCACUUUGAUCAUUUCGAAAUCUGUUUGCAUUUGUGUCAUUACCGAACGUUACUUGUUGCGUGAGGUGCAUGUUUUAGCUUGUACAUGACAUUGUUGCACGUUGAACACUUCUGCUAUAUUUGUUCGGACUUAGUGCUGCACGUUUUGUUACUUGCAUAUACCGUGGCUUGCUUUCUCAGUAUCGAUGGCAAACGUAUCCAGUGACAGUUCGGUUUAUAGGAUGAUCCAGCAGAUUCAAGAUCGUCUCACACGACUUGAGGAGGUGAGCGAACCCGUGGAAUCUGCUAGGGAGCUAAACAAACAAAGUGAGGGGAAGAGAACCAUGCCUAAAAAUCUAAAGAGGCCUCACCAUGAACCCCUUGAUGAUGGCCGAUUCAAGGAUCCAUAUGACCGAGAAUAUCGUCGACCAACUCGUGAUGAGAGGGCUGAUCCAAAGUUCAAACCUUUCGUGUUUAUUGGAAAGGAGGAGCCCGAUGUCUAUCUUGAGUGGGAGCGCCAAAUGGAUGCCAAUUUCGAAUGUUAUUCCUUGACGAACCGAAGGAAGAUUCACUAUGCGGCUGCCCAUCUUGCCGAAGAUGUCAUCAUGUGGUGGGAACGAGAAGAACGAAAUCGACGACGUGCACAUUAUGAACCGGUUUCCACUUGGAAGGAGAUGAAAAUCCUCAUGCGAAAAAGGUAUGUAUCUCGACAUUGUCUUCGUGAAUUACAAUAUAGAUUUGACAACAAUGUGCAGGGAGACAAGACGGUUGAUGACUAUUUUGGAGAAUUUGAACAACUCCUUGCUUACUUGAGAAUCGAAGACAAUGAAGAAGAUCUCAUGGCACACUUUCUAGAGGGCUUGAAAGACCGAAUCGCUAGAAAGGUAAACCCACACGUAUAUCGUGACUUGAGACAUCUUGUGCAUACGGCAAUUCAAGUAGAGCGACAAAUGAACAAGAAGCCGUCAAAGAAUGGGUGCCAACGAAUGCCAACGCCAACACUUAUACACGGAAACUUUUCCGAUACCGGAGACCCAAUCAAGGCGCAAAAUCGUGAUGCUCGAAAGGACGAAACUAUCUUAUAUAAAAGAGAAGUCCACACACGAGGUAACAAAACUUCUUCCUCGUGUACUCAUUUUACUUGUGAGGUUUUGUGUUCGGAGUGUAGGAACCAAAGUCAUUUGCCCAGUGGAAGUUCCAUCCGACAAGAGGUGAGCAUCAAGGAUAACGGGGUAUAUAACUCAAUCGCGAUGGCUGUGGGGAGACACCUUGAGGAAGAUUUCGAAGCUCCAUCCGACAAGGAGAACAAGAGCGUGACCGAAAAGAAAGAAACGGUCGAGAACCCUGGCUUUGUGAGGGAAACAAAACCCAAAAGUUUGGCAAAUGUGAAUGAAGAGCGGCAAAAUGCCAAGGAUGAAUGCAUACGAGCACAAACACCUACACGCAACAACCUUGUCAAAAUCAAAGACCAAGGCAAGGCGACCGAUCUUGAUGCCCGAGAGGAGGAAACCAUCGUGAUUCUAAAAGGAGUCACCUCACUAGGUAACAAAACGUUUUCCUCAUGUACUAAUCAAACUCGUGAGGGCAUGUAUCACAUGUGUAGGAACCAAUGCCAUGUGGCAUGUCAUUGUCCCAACCAACGAAAGAAUCUCAUCAAGGAUGGCGGGACAUACAAGGCUGAUGUAAGGAACCUUGAAGAUGAAUCCGAUGUUACAUCCAAAGCGGUAACCGAACAUGUAACCAAAGAAAAAGAAACGAUUAAGGAUUCCGAUCUCGUGCUCAAUGAAGUACUCAAAAGUGUGAUCAAUGUCGAUGAAGAGCUACAUGGCAUCAGAAUAGAUGCUUUAGAAGUGGUUACACGAAAUGAGGAUUUAAAAAUCCUGAUCAAUUCAUCGACAAAGAUAAAUGACACCUCCAACAACCGUACUUGGAUCAUAAGUCAAGAACUUGGAGCAAAAACCGAUUUCGUGCAUGGACGACGAGAAGAGUCCGACGAAUCCCACAUGUGUGCCUCCACGGUUCAUCAGUGCUCAAGGAGCCAAAUGCGUCUACCAUUGCACCAUGAAUGCCUCAAGGCGUAACACCAUCUUAAACCCAAGGACAAUCAAGAAGGAUGAACCUUUUGAACGAGGAGAAGCGCGAGAACAAAAUCUUCAUACACUUGGCGAAUAUCUC